GCAGGCUGCUAACACGUCACAGAAUGGGCGUUUCCUCGAGCGUGACAGUCUAGUGCACGCCAAACUAUGAAGCGCUUUUUCCUUUGAAUUUUCCAGUUUUUCUUUUCAUCUGCAGCGGGAAAGUGACCAAUGAAGAUAAUAUGGGGAAUACCCUUGUCUGUGUAGUGCUUUAUCGUUAUUUCAUCCUCUUGCGUUCCGCCUGUUAAGUUUUUUUCCGCCAGCGCUUGUGAACUGACGACAAGUGUUUGCUGCUGAAUAACACAAUAACACAUUAACAAUGUCAAGUGUGAAGGCUUGGCCACUGCUUCUACUGCCGCUUUCACUGCUCUCGAUGGGGACAGCAGACUGUCCGUUUCCUGUUUUGAAUGGCAAAUUUGUCUUGUCAUCGGAAUCUAUACUGAAGAAUAGCUUUCCGGACAAUUCAGUAGCGUUUGUGGAAUGUGCUAAAGGAUAUGUGAGAAAGGAAGGUUCGACUUCCAUCACCUGCCUGAAUGGGGUCUGGAGUGCUGUGGAAUUAAUCUGCAAAAAGAUAGACUGUGGAGAACCUACACAUUCACCGCAUAUGAGCUAUGUCAUCUCAGAUGGAACAUUGUUUGGUGCCUACAUAAAAACCAAAUGUGAGACGGGAUAUGAUCUGGAAGGAUCAAGCCACAGGCAAUGUCUUGUUUCUGGCUGGAGUGGAAAGGCUGAAUGUAUAUUGACAACAUGCAAUUUGCCAGAUCCAAUUGAACAUGGCAAGAUGAAUGCGCCCAGAGGCAAACCUGAGUUUAAUGAUGUCAUUACAUUUUCCUGCGAUGAUAACUACAUCCUUGUUGGAAACAGCUCCAUUACAUGUGGUGAAUACGGGGAUUAUAGUUCACCACCUCCGAAAUGCAAAGCCAUCACAGCACCAACAAAAGCAAGCACUACCACAAACAAAGCCACAACAACAGACAUGACAACAGCCUCCAGCCGUUCACAUGCCAUCACAGCACCAACAAAAGCAAGCACUACCACAAACAAAGCCACAACAACAGACAUGACAACAGCCUCCAGCCGUUCACAUGCCAUCACAACACCAACAAAAGAAAGCACUACCACAAACAAAGCUACAACAACAGACAUGACAACAGACAAGACAACAGCCUCCACCCAUUCACAUGGAGGAUUUAUAGAAGCGCUCACUACUGUCUCUAUGAGUGCCUUGGCGAUUAUAGCUGUUGUCUUGUGUGGGAUUUUGGGAUAUCGUCAUUUAAAACACAAAGGUUCAUACAAUACUGGUGAAGAACUGCGGACAAAAGAAGAGUUAUUGCUAAAUCAAAGUGUUUAAACUCAAGGGCAAACAAUCGGACGGCUCCUUUGCUUUAGCAUUGUUCCUGCACAUGGAUUCAUUGACG